CCUACUAUUUCACAUCAACAAACAAAUUUUUAAUUCGGAACAAAGAACAAGUGACGGCGAUAAGCGAUAAGGGUUUUCCGCUUUCCACGGCUUUCCAGAGUACCACUACUCUGCGUCGCGGGUGCUAGCUGAGACUAUUUUCCGGAAAAUGCCCUUCAAACGGCGCUGCAAAUAAACUGCAGGCAAACACCUUGAGUGCAACGGGGCUGCAAGUGUGUGCGAGUGCGUGAAAGAGAGUGUGCGAGUGUGUGUGUAUACAUGUGGAUGAACGAAAAUAAAACAACGGACCGCUCCCCGCCGCCUCCCGCAAAGCUUGUCCCCAAUAGAAUACGAGGAACUGCAUCGCACUAAAUCCCCCACGUCCCAGCCAUCUCCCCCGCGGCCAGUCUCCACUCUCCGUUCUGCGCUCUCCACCCUGCACUCCCCUCGGCCACCACCACCAGGAACAACAACAACCACACCGUCGCUUCAUCCACCUCCAGCAGCAGCAGCAGCGAAAACAACAACAGCAACCACCAGCGCCCUUACAACAACUGUUACAAAAGAGCGAGGCGAGAGACACCCCGCCCCGCAACCCCGUUUACAGCUCGCUCACAUACGCACGCUCCGCACACACACACACACAGACAGCCAGUGGUGUCCUCGCCAGAAACUCAAUCUCAAUCCGAAUCCCAAUCGCCACCACAAUCGAAGGCGUAAUUGUAGUCCGCGAAGAUGGACUCCGAUAUCGAAAUGGAACUGGAAUCGGACAACGAUGACGACUACGACUACUACAACACAGGCGAGGACUGCGAUGUGGAACGCCUGGAUCCGAAACGAGCCGAUCCCGAGUACUUCGAGUACGAGUGCCUAACUGUGGAGGACAUCGAAAAGCUGCUCAACGAGCGCGUGGAAAAGCUUAACACCAUCCUGCAGAUCACGCCCUCGCUGGCCAAGGUGCUGCUGCUGGAGCACCAGUGGAACAAUCACAUUGUCGUGGAGAAGUACCGCCAGGAUGCCAACGCGCUGCUGGUGACGGCGCGCAUCAAGCCACCCACUGUGUCCGUUGCGGAUGCAGCUUCCACGAGCGCUGCGGCGGCGGCCGCUAGCGCCCAGCUGCUCCGACUGGGCAACAGCGGAUACAAGACGACAGCCUCGACGGCGCCACAAUACCGGAGUCAAAUGUGCCCCGUGUGCGCCAGCUCUCAGCUGGGCGAUAAAUUCUACAGUUUGGCCUGCGGCCACUCGUUCUGCAAGGACUGCUGGACCAUCUAUUUUGAGACGCAGAUCUUCCAGGGCAUCUCCACGCAAAUAGGCUGCAUGGCCCAGAUGUGCAAUGUUCGGGUGCCGGAGGAUCUGGUGCUGACGCUGGUCACCCGGCCUGUAAUGCGCGACAAGUACCAGCAGUUCGCCUUUAAGGAUUACGUGAAAUCACACCCGGAGCUGCGCUUCUGCCCCGGACCCAACUGCCAGAUCAUAGUGCAAUCAUCGGAGAUCUCCGCCAAACGUGCCAUAUGCAAGGUAUGCCACACGGGCUUCUGCUUCCGGUGCGGCAUGGACUACCACGCGCCCACCGACUGCCAGGUGAUCAAGAAGUGGCUGACCAAGUGCGCCGAUGAUAGCGAAACGGCCAACUACAUUAGCGCCCACACCAAAGACUGCCCCAAGUGUCACAUCUGCAUCGAGAAGAACGGCGGCUGCAACCACAUGCAGUGCUUCAACUGCAAGCACGACUUCUGCUGGAUGUGCCUGGGCGACUGGAAGACGCACGGCUCCGAGUACUACGAGUGCUCCCGCUACAAGGACAACCCCAAUAUUGCCAACGAGUCGGUGCACGUGCAGGCGCGCGAGGCGCUCAAGAAGUACCUGCACUACUACGAACGCUGGGAGAACCACUCCAAGUCGCUCAAGCUCGAGCAGCAGACGAUCGACCGGCUGCGCCAGCGCAUCAACUCCAAGGUAAUGAACGGCAGCGGCACCUGGAUCGACUGGCAGUAUCUCUUCAAUGCGGCGGCACUGCUGGCCAAGUGCCGUUACACGCUGCAAUACACCUAUCCGUACGCCUACUACAUGGAGGGCGGUUCACGGAAGAAUCUCUUCGAGUACCAGCAGGCGCAACUGGAGGCUGAGAUCGAGAACCUGUCGUGGAAGAUCGAGCGGGCCGAGACGACGGACCUGGGUGAUCUCGAGAAUCAAAUGGACAUCGCUGAGAAGCGUCGCACCACCCUACUCAAAGACUUUUUUCCAGUGGAUGCAUAGGCAAACGAUACGCUUCCAGAACCACCAGGACAUAAUUGAACAUAACCGAACAGACAGCUUCUCCCGUUUAGCACAAAGCAGGUACUCGAUUCGAUUUGAUUCGACCGACUGUUGAAGAGGCGCGACACGACAGUACAGACGCUUAUUUAAAUUAAAUUAUACACAUAUUUACAGACAUGUAUCCAUCUAGAGGUAGCCUAACGACGAGUAGCUAAUUUUUAAACUAAACUAAUAAUCAAGUGCAUAUAGACUAGAGUACGUAGCAUAGAGCAUAGUCGACUACUUGAAGUAUAAUAUUUAUAGUUGUGACAUUCGAAAUCACUCAAAACGAUCGGUUAAACUGCAAUACCACGCCUUGCGCAGAACGUUAACGAUAGUAGCUGUACUAUAACUAUAUAAACUUAGCUACAGACAAACCAGACGCAUUUCAGUGGCCAAGUGUUCCAACAGUUUUCCAAAAACUAGCCCAAGCGACCCGACGAAGUGCAGUAACAAUUCUAAAUUUAUAGCGCAGCAAGUCAAGCCGAUCGACGGCCAGAACCUAAGUUUUAAAUCUCGUAUUAACCCAGAGCUGGGACUGAGAGCAGCAGCCCAGCAGCGUUAACAGCAUCAAGUAUUCGUAAUCUGUAUCUCGUAACUAACCGCAGCACAUCAAUCGAACGCCAGGAGUCUUGAAGUAUAAUGAAACUAGAGGUACUCCCCGCCCCCGUCCCGCAACCCCGUUCCUUUCGAUUCUCACUCAAUUCUCGAUUAACGUUGUAAGCUGAACCAUAAAUUAUAUUAUAGAAUUACGCUAUGUAUGUAUGCUUAUGCGACUGAAUUUGAAUUAAAUUUACACUAGAUAUACCAUAAAUUA